CAUACAUACAGAUUACAGAGAAACAUACUCAUCCUUUUCUUUGUGAAUUCUAUAGCAACGUUAUGAUGUCAUUUUCCUCCAUGAUUUUUCUUGUGCUUCUUCUUCUCUCUCUUUCGUCGGCUGUAAUCUCCGAUGACGCGUCUUUCCAGAAACUUCCGCUGCCGGAAAAUAGGUCAGGCCCUGAAGCUUUCGCCUUUGAUUCCACCGGAAAAGGAUUCUACACCAGUGUUUCCGGUGGUAAAAUCCUCAAGUAUACUCCCGAGACGGGUUAUGUCGAUUUUGCACAGAUCACAGAAUCCUCGAACUCUUCAUGGUGCGAUGGAGUACUUGGAACGGCUUUAGCCGGAAGAUGCGGUCGACCAGCAGGGAUAGCCUUCAAUGAGAAAACAGGUGAUCUCUACGUCGCCGAUGCUCCGUUGGGACUUCACGUUGUUUCUCCGAACGGUGGUUUGGCCGUAAAGAUCGCCGACAGUGUAGACGGCAAGCCCUUCAAGUUUCUUGACGGUCUUGACGUUGAUCCCACUACUGGUGUCGUUUACUUCACUUCCUUUAGCUCUCGCUUCACCCCACUCCAAGUGGUGAUUGCAUUGGGAUUAAAGGACGCGACCGGGAAACUCUACAAGUACGAUCCAUCAACUAAGGUCGUGACCGUAUUGAUGGAAGGGCUAAGUGGAUCAGCCGGUUGUGCCGUGAGCUCGGAUGGUUCGUUCGUGUUGGUCAGUCAGUUCACAAAGAGUAACAUCAAGAGGUAUUGGAUCAAGGGACCUAAAGCUGGUUCUUCUGAAGACUUCACAAACUCGGUCUCAAACCCUGACAAUAUCAGAAGAAUUGGUUCUACUGGAAACUUCUGGGUCGCUUCCGUCGUGAACAAGAUCGUCGUGCCUACGAACCCAUCAGCGGUCAAAGUCAACUCUGACGGUGAAGUGCUUCAGACAAUUCCUCUAAAAGAUCAGUUUGGGGACACUUUGCUUAGCGAAGUUAACGAGUUCGACGGUAGUCUUUAUAUUGGGACUCUCACUGGCCCUUUUGCUGGAAUCCUUAAGCUUUAAGUUUGGUAUAAAAGUGUGGUUGUUACUUCUUAGUUUGUCACUCCGAUUUGAAGGCAGCCUGUCUUUACAGAUUAUAUUUAUUACUGAAUGUUGCAAGGUCACAACCGUAUAAUGGUCUGAUGUUUAUUAAAAAGCAGUAUGAUUAAUUCUUUGAUCAAA